GUUCUUGCUGCUCUCAUGUCCAGGUCCUACGAUCGAGCACUCACUGUAUUCUCUCCCGACGGCCAUCUAUUCCAGGUCACACUCACUGCAACCAAUCGAAACCAACUCAUUCGCGUCAUCUACAGGUGGAAUACGCUGGCGAAGCGGUCCGCAAGGGUCGGUGUUCGCGGCAAAGAUGUUGUGGUGCUUGGAGUAGAGAAAAAGUCGGUCUUGCAACUUCAAGAUCCCCGAACGGUUCGCAAGGUCGUGAUGCUUGACGACCACGUCUGCCUUGCAUUCGCUGGACUAACCGCCGAUGGACGUGUCUUGAUCGACAAAGCCCGGAUAGAAUGCCAAAGCCACCGCUUGACCGUUGAAGACCCAGUCACGGUCGAGUACAUCACCAAACACAUUGCCGGAAUAAAGCAGAUUCACGAGAAAUAUACGCAAUCCGGUGGUGUACGGCCAUUCGGAAUUUCAACACUGAUCGUCGGCUUUGACCCCGACGACACCAGACCGCGUCUCUACCAGACUGAGCCCAGUGGAAUAUAUAGCGCAUGGAAGGCGAAUGCUAUCGGUCGCUCGUCGAAAACUGUCCGCGAGUUCCUCGAGAAGAACCACAAAGACGAUCUCUCGCGAGAAGAGACAAUCAAACUUACCGUCAAGAGUCUCCUUGAGGUGGUCCAGACGGGGGCAAAGAACAUUGAAAUCAGCGUCAUGGAAAGCUAUGGCAAGGUUACGAAUCUCGAUCUGCCUGAAAUCGAAGCUAUUGUUGCCGGGAUUGAGCGGGAGAAGGAAGCAGAGGCUGAAAGAAAGCGAUCCAGACUUGCGGCCACAGCCGCUGGUCAGGCAGCAAUGUCGUCGCGGGCGGAUGAGGGGGCAUCGGGUACUCCAGGGCAGUAG